GUAAAGACAAUGUAUAUAGAUCAAACUUUGAAGUUUAAUGUUGAAUUCGGUGGGACAAAUGCCUUUAUUGAGCUCCCAAGGGAAGAUAUUGUAGACUUGUGUAUGGGUACAAAAGAAUUAGGGAUCAGUAUUUUACAAGUGUGGCUUAUAUAUCUUCAUCGUCGUUGUAUGGAAUUGGGCAACAAUAACGUUUAUGGAUUUAUUGAUCCGCAAUUCACUCAUAGUCAAAAUGAGCGUGGUAGUGUUCAGUCCUACAUACAAAAGAACAUGUGUGAUGAUAAAAAAGAAUGUUACAUUGCUCCUUAUUUAAACAAUCAUCAUUGGCAAUUGCUCAUUAUUAAUCCUACGAAGCUUGAAGUAGUCUUUCUAUGUUCAUUGGGAAAGAAGCCGGAUAAAAAAAUCUGUGACAUAGUUGAAACAGCUUUGGGAGCUUAUAAUAAGUUACAACGUGCGAGAAAGCAAAAGAAAGUAGAAUGGUUCUUUCCCACCAGUCAAAAGCAACAAGCUAGUUAUGAGUGUGGCUAUUACAUCAUGAUUCACAUGUUGAACAUUAUAUCUGCUACUAUUGUUUGUUCAUGGACACAGAUAUUUCGGGAUUCAAAGCCAUUUCAAAAAGAUGAAGUUAAAAAUGUUCAAGAACGCUGUGGAAACAUGAUAUUGGAACAUAUUGAAGUAAGUGCGGACAAUGAUAUGAAUUAGGGUGCAAUUAUGUGUUGGAUGUUGGCUAUAGUCAUUAAGGUUCCUACUUUUGAUUGUAUUUUGAUAAGUACGUUGUUGUUUCACCCAAGUAGUUACUCUUGUUUAUGUUUUUUUUAUAAGACUAGUGUUAUAUCUGUUGAGUUUGCAUUUUAGUGCAAAGCGCAAUGUACCUAUUUUGAUUACAAUGAUGUUUUAAUUUUAUAUGACAAUAUUUUCUUCUA